UGCGUAUUUGCCGCCGCGACCGCCCACCGGGACUGGUCCGUCUCGGUCGUCGUUCCUCGGUCGCUAUCCACCGCCAUCCGCCGCCAUGCCCGUGGACGUGAGCCAGUGGAGCGGGCCGCUGAGCCUGCAGGAGGUGGACGAGGCGCCGCAGGGCGCGCUGCACGUGCAAUACUCCGGGGCGGCCGUCGACUCGCUGGGCCAAGUGCUCACGCCCACGCAGGUGAAGAACCGACCCACCAGCAUUUCGUGGGAUGGCAUGGAUGCUGGGAAUCUGUACACCCUGGUCUUAACAGAUCCCGAUGCUCCAAGCAGGAAGGACCCCAAAUUCAGGGAAUGGCACCACUUCCUAGUGGUCAACAUGAAGGGCGGCGACAUCAGCAGCGGCACUGUCCUCUCCGACUACGUAGGCUCCGGUCCCCCCAAGGGCACAGGCCUGCACCGUUACGUCUGGCUGGUUUACAAGCAGGACGGGCCACUGAAGUGUGACGAGCCCGUCCUGAGCAACCGCUCCGGAGAUAACCGAGGCAAAUUCAAGGUGGCGUCUUUCCGCAAGAAGUAUGGGCUGGGGGCUCCUGUGGCGGGCACCUGCUACCAGGCCGAGUGGGACGAUUAUGUGCCCAAGCUCUACGAGCAGCUGGCGGGAAAGUAGG